CGGAUGACGUUGGCGCCAGCAGCAACAACAAUUGCUGGGACAUCCAGCAGCUUACCUACACUGUUCGGGUUGUAUAUCUGCGACUGCUGUUGGCUUUUCAGCUGUUAUUGGUUCCGAACAGAGGCAACUUCACCGCAAAGGUUCCAGUCGAAAAUGCUCCGUGCGCGCGAGAACAAACACAAUUGAAAAGCGGACGAUAACGCGCUAAUUAAAUUUGUGUGAUUAUCAUUAAGCCUAAGCGUAACAGUUUAAGAAUUUCAAAAGAGCUGUAAAAAGUUAGUUUAAGUGAAAAUUUUACAUUCAAAAUGUAAAAGUGAAAAUUUACGAAAAACUUAGACAAACAUUUAAAGAAAUAAAAUAACGGAAUAUUGUGUAGUGUUAAAAAUAUUAAAAAACAAAAUAAAAUGCAGGGUAACGAUAAAUAACGGAAGUUUCAAUAUAAAAUAAAAAAAGUUUAAGAAUCAGAUAACUGCAGUCAAUUGUGCGCCGCAUGGAAGUGCGCAGAAAUGAAUGAUCGCUUAAUGCAAUAACAGUACAUAGUUGAAAAAUAAUAAUAGUAAUAAUAAUAGCGAAUGCAAGUGAUAAACGUUGUGCAGCGAAAUUGCUAUUAAUUUUAAUUCACUUAAGGAAAUUGCUCAUACGCCGUGUAUGCUGCUGAAGUGGCUUAACGACAGCAGCUGCGAGCCUGCAACUUGCAACACUGCAACGGUAAUAGUAACGCUGAUGUGCUGCUUAAGUAUAGAAAUCUGAAAGUCUGUGCCGUAGCGCAAAUACAGUUCAGUGAGUUGACGAGCAGUGCAACAAAGAAUAAAAUGCAGAAAAUGAUAAAUGCAGCCAAAGGAAAAAAUUAAAAAUUAUAUGUAUAAAAAUUAAUAAAUAAAAAUAUUUGAAGCACGAACUUUUAAAAUAGGAAAUUUGAAUAAUUAGAAAUAGAGGAAUUAGGUUUAACAUAGCUUUAAUGUGAAAAAAGAUUACUUAUGUAUUGGCUUUGUGGUAUUUACGUGUCGCUAGAAAAAAAUUAAUACGAAAACAAGUUUCAAUCAAAUUUUGAAGAAGUAAAAAUAAGAAUAAAAUGAUUUAAAAUAACAAAUAUAAAUAUAAUUAUAAUACUAAUUCAGUCCCAAUAAACAUAAAUAAAUAUUAUAUACUCUUACAUUUAAUUUUAACACAAAUUGUAAUAAGAGCAUAAUACACAAAAAAAAAAAUACAAAAAUAUAUAUAAAUGUUAAAUGUGUUUGAAGAUUACUUAAUAUUUGUUUGCAUAUAAAAUAAUGUACAAAAAAAAUAUUUAAAUAAAAUUCACACGUACAAACAAACCAUUGUAUUAACACAAAUUUCCCCGACUUUUAUCACCCCACCUACUUGUUUGUGUGUGUUUUCGCCUGGUUUGCUACCCUUACACCAAAUAUUGAAGAUUGUGAUAUUGCAUUGGUGAAUUGUUUAAGAAAGUCUGCUGACUGCACACUUUCAUUUAUUUCCAUAUUUACCACAGUGUUAUUGUGUGGGUGUAAGUGUGUGCGUGUGCGAAAACUAACUCAGCAGUUUUGAGUUACAACAGUUAGUUGCUGUGUAUUUUCGCAACUUUUGGCACAGCUUUGUUGUUGCAUUUUCUAAUUUCCGGACUUUCGAUAUAGUGGAGAGGAAUACUAAUUUAAAUUCAAUAUAGUCUAGAAAGGCAUGAAACACUAAAGAAAAGCAACUGGUCAAUCAUAUCAUAGUUUCAAAAAUCUCUCUUUGAUAGAUGAAAUAAUCAAAUUCAACGGUUUCAAUUCAACUAAACAAUCUCCAUUGUAUAGCUUUGCUAAAUUUAGGCAUGUAAACAAGUAGAUCGAUAGCAACUCCCCGAUGAGACAUAUAUCCCACGAAAGUCUGAAACCAACAACUUGAAUUACAACAAGAUUAAUUGCCACGAAUCCCAGUUCGGAUAUGACGGUGAUUAAGUGCAAUAAAUGAAAUGGCACGAGCAACAAAUGAGAUGACCGAAAAACUAACAAAAAAACCACAUGACGAACAGAAAAUGCAAAAACAAAACCAAAGUUAAAUUGCACAAAAACCCACUAAAUAAACCGGAGAAUCAAGCUAAAUUGAUUUAGAUGUGAGGCUUCCUCAGUUUACUACGAAAAUAUGCGCACACAAUGUGUAAUGUUACAAUUAUGAUUAAUGACAAACAGAUUAGAUGCGACUAAAUCAAACGAUAAAACGAAAUUUAAGCGAAAGAACAGCGGGAAAAACGUUAACGAGAAAAUAUCAACAACCACUUGGGCUUAGUGUGAAGCGAGCGCAUGAAGCAUGAAUCGAUACAAAGUCACAGAAGCCACAACGCAAUUGCGAGCGAAAGAUAAACAAAUCCCGGAGGUAAGCGGGAGAUAAAUGGAUUUACGGAAUUUGCCGAGCCAACUGAAAGCGCUGGCUUUGAAAGCACAAAAGCCUGCGCGCCGUAUAUGCUUCCACACAAAGCACGUGAAAAAUCUACUGGUCGACUAAGGCGACUUUGCGCGCCUUGGUUUUACAACAAAAACAAAACUGAAUUGUAAUUAACUAGUCAAGUUAGAGUAAGUACACAAAAAGCUUAAUUUGAGUUUACAAGUGAGUUUUCUAAAAAUUUCCCCCAGUCCAAUUUUUUCUAAUUUCCGCAUAGUCCUACUCACACUCAUUCAUACAUCGAUUUUAAUUUGAAUACUUAUACAACCCUAUUCAUUUUUUAUAUGGCUUCAUACACACAGUCGGACGUCCGUCAACUGCAACAACACUAUUGCGAAACAAAUACACCUACAAAACAUAAAUACAUCACAUACACGCUGCCAAAGCGCUUUGCGUUUACAGUUCACCCAAACAACACCACCGCAAAUAAUAGCAACAGCAGCAACACACGCAGCAAAUUGUUACAACGCGCGCAGCCUAGCCCGCGAGCACUGUGCCACACGCUACAUGCUACUGUCCUUCUACUGCUCACUCUCCCGCUUAGCAAUUGGCUAGCGCAGGCUUCAGCUGCCGCCACUGUCACCGCUACACAAGAGCGCCACCACCCGCUGCCGGAUAGUAAGCCCACAAAUACAGCGUUGAGCGGCGGCGCGGGCAUUACGUAUAACGCGCCUGACACGGCGGUACCAGUGAGCGAUAGUGCUGAUGAUUUCAAUAGCAGCGCAUUUAGCACGAACUUAAUUUCCAUUGCCGAUGUAAUCAGUCUUACGUCAACGUUCUCAAACGUUAGCGGGAGUGGCGCGCUGAACGGUAGCAGUCAAAAUGACAACAGUAUUAGCGCGAGUUAUGCGGGCGCUGGUAGCGGCAGCGGCGGUGGUGCAAGCGCCGCGCUCAUCACAACUAGCAGCGUUUGGGAUCCCAUGGUUGGCGCACACCCCACCGACGUUAGCGCCGCCGCAACAUCGCCGUCGGAGCAGGGAUCGAACCAAGACGAGUUCGGCGAAAUUGAGCUGCCGCCAUGGCAAGCGAUUAUUGUCAGCAUCGUGCUAUUGCUCAUCAUCAUCGGCACUGUAAUUGGCAAUGUGCUGGUCUGCAUUGCCGUUUGCAUGGUCCGUAAGCUGCGCCGUCCCUGCAACUAUCUGCUCGUUUCGUUGGCGCUCUCUGAUCUCUGUGUUGCGCUGCUGGUCAUGCCAAUGGCUAUGCUGUACGAGGUGUUGGACAAGUGGAAUUUCGGUCCCAUACUCUGCGACAUUUGGGUGUCGUUUGAUGUACUCUGCUGCACUGCCUCCAUAUUGAAUUUGUGCGCCAUUUCGGUGGAUCGCUAUUUGGCCAUUACGAAGCCGCUAGAGUAUGGCGUCAAGCGUACACCGCGUCGCAUGAUGGCUUGCGUUGCGCUGGUGUGGUUGGUGGCGGCGAGCAUUUCGCUACCGCCACUCCUCAUACUGGGCAACGAGCAUGCGGACGAGCACGGCACACCCAUCUGUAUUGUCUGUCAGAAUUUUGCAUAUCAAAUCUAUGCAACACUCGGUUCCUUUUACAUACCGCUCUCUGUGAUGCUCUUUGUGUACUAUCAAAUAUUCCGCGCCGCUAGGCGCAUAGUUCUCGAGGAGAAGCGCGCACAAACACAUUUGCAGCAUGCGCUCAACGGCACCGGCUCGCCGCCCGGCAAUACAGACCUAACGGUGAUGGGUAGCGGCAAUGGACAACGCCACAGCAGUUAUGGUAACACCUCGCUCACAUAUUCUACUUGCGGCGGGCUGAGUGCGCAUCAUACUAGCGGUAGUGGCGGAGCCGUGAGUGGCACCAGCGGUCUGCUCGGCUCACCGCAUCAAAAGAAGUUGCGUUUCCAAUUAGCCAAAGAGAAAAAAGCUUCCACUACGUUGGGCAUAAUUAUGUCGGCUUUCACCAUAUGCUGGCUGCCAUUCUUUAUACUCGCACUGAUACGACCCUUUGUCGAAUCGGAAACUGUGCAUGUGCCAGCCUCGCUGGCCUCACUCUUCCUCUGGUUGGGCUAUGCCAACUCAUUGCUCAAUCCCAUAAUUUACGCCACACUGAAUAGAGAUUUCCGCAAACCCUUCCAGGAAAUACUUUAUUUCCGCUGCUCGAGUCUCAAUACAAUGAUGCGUGAAAACUACUACCAGGAUCAGUAUGGAGAGCCGCCGUCGCAGCGGGUGAUGUUGGGCGAUGAGCGGCAUGGCGCGCGGGAGAGUUUUCUCUGAAAUUAGGCAGUCUAAGGGCGGCAUGUGAGUGGGCAAGUAUAAGCGUGGGCCGUAGGUAGGCGUGUCGGCACUAGACUCUAUUAGUUUAUCUAAUUUAAGACUAAAUAAGUUUCUUUCAUGUGUGUGCAUGUGUAAGUAUGUGUAUUUGUAGGUGUAUUUGUAUUCUCAGUGUUUCAAAGCGUUUUAAAGCAAUUGUAAGCGUUUCAAAGUGACAAUUCAAAUGUAACAUAUAUGAGGCAUAUACUUUAUUGUAUAAAUUAACAAAAAACAUAAAGAAACAAAAACAACAACAAACAAAGCUGAUUAAUUGAAAAAUAAGAGUAGCCAUAAAGAAAGUAAGCGGGAAAGAUGGGGCUAGUGGACUAGUUAGAGCUCAUAAAGUUACUAAAAAUAAUCACAAUACAAAUGUGUAAAUAUAUAUGUACAAUUAUGGUUUUAAUAUGUGUUUAAGCAGCUGCUCUAUAUUGAACUGAAGUAAAUUAAAUUAGCGUACACCUAAGCUCACCUACUACUAAGUACUAAUGUUUUAAAAACUGCAAAUAAAAUUGAUAAGAUGUAUGUAUGUAUAUGGAAAACAAAGCGAUACUGCAAGUGUAACUACAAUUAUCUGUGCGUAUUUCUUGUGAAUGUUAGUUAAUAAUUACUAAUUCCUAGUUUUAAGGCAGCAAAACAAACUACUAACUUGUGUUUAUACUUUUCGUAACUGUUAAGUGCUGGAAAUGCAUAUAUAAAUACAAUCAAAAGAAACUGAAAUUUGAAAAUGUAGUACAAGUCAUCAGAUACAUAAUUACACACAACUACAUUCAUACGUAUAUACAUACAUAUUAUUAUAUGGUAAAAGGCAAGAAAAAUUUACAACUUUUGUAGAAAUGAAACUACAACUUUAACAAUUUAGUUUGAUAAUUACUCUUCUUCUUAUUUCCAUCCUCCCAUAAACACAACUCUGGAAAUUCUUUACAAAGCGAUGCUAACCUCAAUUCUGCAAUACGCUCAGGUACAUGAAUGAGGAGCUCAUGAGCAAUGAAAUAUUUUUUGUUUAAACCUGAGUAAAUUAUAGCUAUGAUUUACUCACAAAAUUAAAAUUCAAAGAAUAAUGUUUGUAUAUCCAAAACUGUAUAUUCUAAAAUCUUAUGCGAUUCUCACUUAAUGACAUACUUAACCAAUUUGCUGCUUUUGAAAAAGCUCUUACAAUUAAAUUCAUUACUGAUUCUAAGUUCGGAAAUUCCCCUAUAAAAAUCGAAGAAAAAAGAGUUGGAGUCAACAUUAUCUAACUCUAUCUCUCUCUUUCUCUGCCUGAGAAAUAGAAAAUGACUUGUGUUGUAAAUGGUUAAAAAGUGAGCAAAGUUCAGAGAAGCAGUUGUAUUCUGCCGAUAGUAUUAAGCUAUGGUAUUCCGAGUUCACAGUCUGUGCGUGAAAUAUAAGGUUAUGCCGACCACUGUUUUAGAGUUCUUGACAGAGCUUAAAUAGCGUUGCUGGGAGAGUCCGAAAUGAACUGAUGAGAUCAUCAAAAUAGCAAUGGGAACAUCAUAAUUCGAAUAACGACAUUAAUAAGUAGCGAUCAUGUCCCGUAAUGAAAAAGCAAACCUUAAGGCUUGAAAAACUUCUGAUAAAGUCCACUAGCUAUUCAGGGUGCGCCUUGCAACGGUGAGCUUUCCGACGCUCUCAGCUGACAUCAAGGCAGAGAACUUAAGUAAGAGGAGAAAUUGAGCGUUAGUAAUACUUAAGUGUUGUCAAAGAAAUCCCAGCUUAACAUUUGUAGAUAUUAAUCUCAGAAAGCUUGGUAUAUAGGAAUUUUCGAAGUAUGAUGGUGCCCGUAUAGCCUCUUAUACAAGGGUUGCUUCACUCCAUAAAAUUACAUUGAAUCUUGAAAAUAGUGAACAGACUUCUUUAUUAGGAAUUUACUGAAUAUAUUUAUUACGAUGCUUUGUUCGACUAUUUGCUAUUUUUUGGGAUAUCUUCAAUCUAGAGAGAUUCCUCCCAUGCCAAAUUUCUGUCUGUUUGUAUAUCAUAAAUAUACAUAUACAUACUGGUUGGUUGAAAAGUUUCUGCGCCCGAAAUGAAAAAAUACUGUUUUUGAUACGAAAUAUAUUUGAUUAUUCAAUAUAAUCACCUUUAACUUUAAUACAUUUAUUCCAAUGAUCCUUCAAUAAUUUUAUGCCAUCCCUACAAUGACUUUCCAGAAGCUCUGCAAAAUACCCGUUUACGGCUGUAAUUCGACGAAAAACGUUUUCCAUGAAUGAAUGGUUUCAGGUUUCUGAAAAGGUAGUUGUCGCUGGGAGCCAAAUUCUUAAAGUACGAAUUCGUUGAAUUUUGUCAGUGUUAAAACAUCUUUGUGAGCAGGUGCAUUGUCUUGAUAAAUUAUGAUUUUUUUGAGCUGUAAGCCACAUGUGCAAGCACAAACUUUCCAAACAGCUUUUUCGUAUGUAAUUUCCAUGUAUAUAAUAUAAUUACUCGGUCAUCUGAGAUGCCUAUGGUAUUCACUAACAAUAUUAUGGACUUGCUAAAUGAUUUCUGGUGUAGUUGCGGUUUUUGGUCGUCCUUCGCGUGUAUGGACGACCACAUUCACUAGCUCAAAAUUCAAGGAUAUUUAUUGAAGAUGAGGACUCCUUAUACUCUUUUAAAAAAUGUAUAUAAAUUUCUAUUUGCUUUUAAACCUUUUGAAACAAAGAAUGUAACCACUUCGCGAUAUGCAAUUUUUUCCAUAUUAAAAAAAUACACUGACACGUCUACUUCAAAUGGCUUGUAAACAAAGAAUUAAUUGACAGAAUGACUUGUAACCUUGCAUGUUUUCGCCAGAUGUACCAACUUGAGGAAAAAAAUUUCUUUCUAUUUUUAUAUCUAUUUCUUGGUGAGAGCAGAAACUUUUCAACCAAUAUUUCCACCUCACAAUCACGCUCAUCCAUAAAAAUUAAAGCAAUUUCGUAAGUAUUUUUCUAUUUUAAGGAAUAUAUGACUUAUGUAAUUACAACAAUAAAAUAUGAAGUGUAUGUGUAUAAUAAUUAGAAAACUUGCUGAAGCUGUUCUAAACAACCAAAAAUAUAGCACUAAAUUAGAAAAUUUAUUUUAAUAUAUAUUUUUUGUUGUUUAUAUAAAAUUGGUAGUUUUUUGAUAAUGUCGAUUAUAAAACGACAUUCGUAUCUAAUUAAAGUUAUUGAUAUUUUUGGCGUUUCCAAAAAAUGUUUGUGCAUUCGACAAAAAUUUUGCGAAUAUUCUAUAUUUUUCCAAAUUUUGUUAUUGUGUAAAUUUUACUAGUAUUUAUGAACCAUUUAAUGGUGACUUAUGUAAUUUCGUGUAACUGUAUUAUAAAAAUACAUUUUAAUUCGUUUUAAAUAAAGAAAAUUUGCCAUAAAGCCAAAUAAAGAAAUUCUAACCAAACGUAUAUGUGUAUAAAUAUGUUAAACGAAAACAAUGUAUUUAUAUUUUUAGUAAAUUUUUUUAAAUAAUUUUUUAUACAAAAGGUUUUUUGUUUUUAGUCAUAUUACUGCUGAAUUAAAAUAAAAUUAAUUGAUAUUGUAUUUCUUUGUAAAUAAAAACUAAUAUAUUUAACUACCAAUAAAAAAGAUAUUAUUAUUGUAAAAAGAGCAGAAAAGUGUUAAAAUAUAUAUAGAUAUGUGUGAAGUAUACAUUUGUUAAGUUCAAAGUCUCUUUAUAGAAGUCACGUCUCUCUGUGAUACAAAUUUUAAGGUUAAUUUUAUUAAAUGAAAAUUUUAUAGAAAGAAAUAAAAGCAAAAUAAUAAAGUAGAAAUAUGAGAGCAUACAAUUAAAAGUAGCUACUUACUGUUAUUUGGUAAAGAUUUAAGUAAAAAAAAUAAAUAAAAUUAAUGAGAAAAAGCAAAAAAGCUGUCAAAAGCGAGAAUAGAAUAAAUGUGAAAGAAUUGAAAUAAAUAAAUAUUUAAAUAAAAUUUUAAAAAACAACAAAACACAAAAAUGUUCACUGAAAAAGUCAUCUUGAUAACUGAUAAGAUGAAGAAGCAUGCCAUCAAAUCAUUGUAGCAAAGCAAUUAAAUACGCAUUCAUAUAUACAUACAUAUAUAUGAGCAUAUGUAUAUACAAAAAUAGUAUUAUAAUUAAACAUUCAUGUGUUAAUCAAAAAAUCACUCAUAGCUAGCACACACACAUAGUAGCUAUAUACAUAUGUACAUAUACAUAUAUAUAUAACGGCAUUGAUACGAGUAUUACAUGCUAAAAUAUUUUACAUCUUCCAUACUUUCAUAGUUGACUUUCAGAUUUCUAUAUAUGUGCAAAAAAGUAAAAUACUGAAAAGCCUCUUUCACUUUCUACGAACUACAUAAGCUUGCAAGUGCUACAGAGUGGCUAAAGUGCAAGUUAUUCAUAAUCAAAAGCAAGAUGAGCAGGUUAGAUUAUAAUUAUUAUCAAACGAAUGAAAAUGGGACUCUUCUAAGCAUAGGCCUCUAAUUUUCAUCCAGUUUAUAUAUACAUUUUUUUUUAAGAUUAAAAAAUGGCGAUUCGUUCUUAAAAUU